UCAUGAUAAAAAGUAACUGGUGAAACUGGUUGAGCUCAGUUUUCAUUGGCUGAAAAUUUGAUCCCUGGCUAUAUAGCUGGGACGGAGUUGGCCUAACAUUCAUGGGAGCCUCAUGAUCAUAACUAUGGCGUAGGACUAGUUAGCUAGCUAGCUAGCUGAUUAAUUUAUACAUUAUUUCCCAUAUCAGAAAGAGUGAGUGAUAUUUAAUUACUUUUAUUGCUGCCCUAUCUCCGCGCUCUUGAGCUCACAUACAAAUUACACAGCAAGGAAUUCAGGGAUUUCUGGAUAGAAUCGCAGCCACGAGCAGGAGUAGUACUAAAUCGCUGUAAUAUAUAUGGAAACUGAUCAUCAUGAUGAGGAUGAUCAGAUAUACGGAGAAGGAGAGGAGGUGCAAGACAACACCAGCUCAGGCGGAAGCAACAAAUUGGUGAUACCAGAAGAUGGCUACGAAUGGAAAAAAUAUGGACAAAAGUUCAUUAAAAAUGUUGGAAAGUUCAGGAGCUAUUUCAAGUGCCAAAACAGCAAUUGUAGAGCCAAGAAGCGAGCCGAGUGGUCGAGCUCCGAGCCUGAUGAACUUCGAAUAGUGUAUGAAGGGGUGCACAAUCACACCGAUAAUAAUGCCUCAUCUGCAGGAUCGGCUUCACAUUCACAGCAGCCGGAUUCCUCAUCAUCUUUAAAUCCGAGUACUGAUGCAAACCGGUAUGACUUGUACACACAAGUUUUUGGUAAUCAAUCCUUCUCCAAGUGGGAUAAAAAAAGUUGAAUCCCUUAUGCAGCAGCAGGUUAAUUCACACAGUACUAGUUCUACGAUUGGCUUGUUUGUUUAUAAUCUUGUGCAGCUAGCAUUUUACCCCUUAAUAAAUUGGAUAAGCCUCGCCAUUUCAAUGAGUUGCACGCCAGUCUGUAAUUGCAGUGCAAAGAACUAGAAUAACCUUCUGCUUUGACAUUGGUCCAUCUAUAUCUACUGUAUUUCAUUACAUUACACUUGUAUAAGCAACCCUGGUCUCUUGGAAGUUGGAAGUGUAUAUUCUUCUACCACCGACAUAUACAAGGUGAAUUGAUCAGCACACACAAAGGGUCUUGUCGAUCAUUUGGUAUCUUAGGCUAGGAUCGGGAAUCAAUAUCCACAUGCAAAGUUUGUUGAGUAGGGUGAUAUACAUCACAUGUUGAUCGAACAUACUAAAAAGAUACACAAAUGAGAAAGAAACAUGCAAGAUCAGUAAUUUCAUUACCUUUUCACUUUAGUUGAAGAAGAAAUCGAACUUGUGAUCUCAUCUAAUAUUGUGAAGAGAAAUAUCACAACUUAUAUGUUUAUGCAUAUUUGAGUUUCCCCGGUUAUUAAGCAUGAGUUAUAAGGACAUUGAUAUAAUAAUGGAGCCCGUAACUCCAGUGAUCAAGAUCAUCCGCAAAUUUGGUAAAAAAGUUGAAGAUUCUUGCCAAAAAAAAGUUCCUGAGAUAUGAACUUGUUUAAUGGAUGGGUCAAGAGUCCAAAGGU